AUUCUUGCAUCGAAAGAAACGUCGAGUGCGAUUCAACGCAAUUUAGCAACAUAAUUGCAUGUUUGACUUAGUUUCGUAAGAGAUAAUCGUUAAUCACCUUUGUUGAUAGCAAUUACGACAUCAAGAUGAUAAACGUUCAAUGUAUUCUUUCUCGGAAAGAAAUUUUUGCUUCAUUCACUUUAUUCAAAUGACUUUAGUUAUUCUAUUAAGUAUAUCUAUAUUUUGUUUGUGUGUGUGUCAUAUUUAUAAGCUGAAGAACACAUAUGAUACUGUCGCGAUGAUAGUCUACACUCUCUUUCAGUUCACGCAGCGUCAAUGGCGCUUAUAUAAUUUUGAACUUGGUUUACCUAACACUACGUCAAUUUUAUAUAAAAUUUCAUAUAAAAUAUUGACGAAACUGGAAAUAAGAAUUUAUUUUAAAUAAGAGAGAUGCAAUACAAAAGAUCGAUAUCUCGAUAAUCUACGAACGACCUAGAAUUCGACGUUUACAUUUUUGCCGGCAUAAUUCGUGCACGCGAUAUAAACGAAAGUUAAACAAAAGUGAGAAUGUAGGCCAGCGUGGAGAAAGUAAUAUUUAUAGAGCCGGAGAAAUCGUAUGGCGAUCACUCCCACACAUCGUUAGUUUAUAAUAGAACCAGUCACGUUAGCUCUCUCAUGCGUUGAUCGCGUUGCAUACGUCACACGUCUGUCAGAAUUAACUCGAAUUACUGGAAACAAUAAAAUCGAUACCGAUCAUACUUGCAAAGUGUCUGGAAAAUGCCUGGCCGUGUAAAGUCGCAUCAAUUUCAUCAAGUUAUGCACAUCGUGUCUACAUAUUCAUGCGUUGACAGUUGAUUAUUCGAAAAACGACGCAAUGUCACAUGGCAUUUCACGAAUAAACGAGAUUAUCAAUUAUCAUCAUAAUUUCAUUUGCUCGUCAUGCGCACACUCACAUAAAAUAGUCAGAUCACAUAUGAGACCCAUCACGUACCUUCUCUACGCGUCUCGUUUUUUCGUCUCUUGUUGCGAACAAGAACCUCGAAAUAGAACAGAAAGUGCAGAAGGUGCAGCUCAAACAAAAUCAUUGUAUCUGCACUUUAUCCCUCGCCUCUUUCUUGCUCCCGUGUCAAAGAAUGAACAUCGAUCUGUCUCGCUCGGGCAAGUAAUUUGGGCUGUAUCUUAGUUCCUUUCAGCGCGCUCCGUUGGCAGCACUGUGCGCGCGCGGCUUGCCGGCGGCGCGCGGCGUUUCAGUCGCUGUCGAGCCGCCAAACCGAGCGGGUCUCGUAACUGAACGGAAAGCACGCCGUCGCCACCGCUCGUGGGGUUAAGCGUGUGCAGCGUGUGUGCGUGAUUUUGUGUGUGUGUGUGUGCGCGCGUCUACACUAUUCGUCGCGGGGGCGUACCUCGACAGGAAUUAGGAGGAAGGACACGCGAAAGAUGAGUGGCAUGCUGAAGCUGUCGGCGUCGUUGCUCACGAGAGGCUUGCCCGGAACGGCGACGUUGAACAAGUUGGGACUGCCACUUCUCAGUAAUCGCAAGUUGCACCACACAUCGGACAGCCGAGCAAAGAUAUCUGACGCGAUCUCCAAGCAAUAUCCGCUGGUGGACCACACAUAUGACGCGGUGGUAGUUGGUGCCGGCGGAGCCGGUCUCCGCGCGGCCUACGGCCUUGUCGCGGAAGGAUUCAAGACCGCGGUAGUCACUAAGCUGUUCCCGACCAGAUCGCACACGGUCGCCGCUCAGGGUGGCAUCAAUGCCGCCUUAGGUAACAUGGAGAGCGACAACUGGCAAUGGCAUAUGUACGACACUGUCAAGGGCUCGGACUGGUUGGGUGAUCAGGACGCUAUCCAUUACAUGACUCGUGAGGCCCCGAAGGCCGUAAUCGAGUUAGAAAACUGCGGCAUGCCUUUCAGCCGAACUUCUGAUGGCAAGAUCUAUCAACGCGCUUUUGGCGGCCAAUCGCUCAAGUUCGGCAAAGGUGGUCAGGCUCACCGAUGUUGUUGUGUGGCCGACAGAACCGGUCACUCUUUACUGCACACGCUCUACGGCCAAUCGUUGAGCUACGACUGCAACUAUUUCGUCGAGUAUUUCGCGCUGGACCUGCUGAUGGAAGAUGGUGAGUGCCGUGGAGUAAUCGCGCUCUCCCUGGAAGAUGGGACGCUGCAUCGCUUCCACGCCAAAAACACGGUUCUCGCUACCGGUGGCUACGGACGCGCCUACUUCUCCUGCACGUCCGCGCACACCUGCACCGGUGACGGCACCGCCAUGGUCUCCAGAGCCAACUUGCCCAAUCAAGAUCUGGAGUUUGUACAGUUCCAUCCUACAGGUAUCUACGGUGCCGGAUGCUUGAUCACGGAAGGCAGUCGCGGCGAAGGCGGUUAUCUGAUAAAUAGCGAAGGCGAGAGAUUCAUGGAACGUUACGCGCCGGUAGCGAAGGACCUGGCCUCGCGAGACGUGGUGUCGCGAUCCAUGACGAUGGAGAUCAGGGAAGGCAGAGGCGUCGGACCAGAAAAGGAUCACAUUUUCUUGCAGCUACACCAUCUGCCGCCUGAGCAGCUGGCCGCUCGGCUACCGGGUAUCUCAGAGACGGCGAUGAUAUUCGCGGGCGUCGAUGUGACCCGUGAACCCAUUCCGGUCCUACCGACUGUCCACUACAACAUGGGUGGCGUACCAACCAACUACAAGGGUCAGGUGUUGACCAAAGAGAACAAUCAGGACAAAGUGGUACCUGGCUUGUACGCGUGCGGUGAGGCAGCUUGCGCAUCCGUUCAUGGCGCUAAUCGACUAGGCGCCAACUCUCUGUUGGACUUGGUCGUGUUCGGACGAGCUUGCGCUAAGACUAUCGCUCAAGAAAACAAGCCUGGCGAGUCGAUCGGACCCCUCAAAGCUAACGCUGGCGAGGAAACAGUAGCUAACUUAGACUGGGUCAGAAACGCCAACGGCUCCAUUUCUACCGCGGACUUGAGGCUGACUAUGCAAAAAACCAUGCAGACGCACGCGGCGGUGUUCAGAGACGCUGAAUCCCUGCGGGAAGGUUGUCGAAAGAUGACCGACAUCUACAAGAAGCUCGAUGAUCUGAAGGUUGCGGACAGGUCCAUGAUAUGGAACUCCGAUCUCGUGGAGACGCUCGAGCUACAAAACCUCAUGAUCAAUGCGAUGCAAACUAUCGUAGGCGCGGAAAAUAGGAAGGAGAGUCGCGGCGCACACGCGCGCGAGGAUCACAAGGAUAGAAUUGACGAGUACGAUUACAAUAAACCGACCGAGAACCAGCAGCCUAAACCGCUCGAUCAACACUGGAGGAAGCACACGCUGUCAAAAAUCAACCCGAGAACAGGACAGGUUUCUCUCGACUACAGACCAGUUAUCGACGUUACGCUCGAUCAGAAGGAAUGCGCGACGGUGCCGCCUGCGAUUCGAUCCUACUAGAUUGUAAUUCUAUAAACGAACAAGAUCCAUCAUCUUAGGAUUCUCAUCGAUUGUUACUGAGUUUCGGUUUUCGCGCGCGCGAUCCCGAUCGCAGCCUAACAAUCGCGACUUUUAGACCAAGGUAGCACAAUGGAAUCAUCGCCGCCGCGGGUUUUCGCGCCACUAAAUGCCACAGCGAACCUGUUAAUUAAUUUAUUUUACACACACGCAUACACACAUACCGACUUCAUUGCGCACCAAAGUUGUUUCUUGUCAUCGCUUGCGCCGCGAGUCGCGAGCAGAAUUAGUGGUCCUUGUAGGAUGGCAGCGCUGAGAUUAUUGCCUUCUCUGGCCUCUCCGGAGGACUUCGUUCGAUCCUGCUGCUGGUGGGAUCGGUUCAGCGUAAAGUAAUAGUCGGAACUAGAACAAAUCGUGGUAAUAGAGAGAGAGGGUCCAGAAUACGGACCUCUUUUGAGCGAGAGAUAUUCUCUCUUUCGCUCUUUUGUAAUGUAACACGACGUAUCCAAUUACGAAGCGUCUCCCAUUGCGCUUAAACCACGGCACAACGUUCCCUCGUGUGCAAUGAUGCAGUCAAUGGUCAGCAGGACAUCGAAGCAAUCGAUUGAAUAUAUGAAUGUUGAAUUUCGAAAAAUACUAAUUGCAAAUUGCUGCGCGAUAAAAUAUUUGUAAGUUUUGCAAAAGACUUGCUCAGAUCUGCUCGCUAGCAGAAAUAGAUUUUUAUUGAUCAGAUUAUCUCCUUUAUCCGCAUUUCUAUAUGAUUAGAUUUAACUUAAUUUUGCGUAAUUUGCGUAACUCAUUAUGAAAUUUUUAUGUAUCACGGUAUUAUUGCAUGCGACAGUACUUUGAUACGAUUAUUUCGAUUUGAUCUAUAACAGUUACUUAAUUUUGUCAUCACGGAAAUAUACGGAGAUAUAUUUUGAAAUGUUCUUUUUCGAAGUACAUUUGCUUUCGAAUUUGCGAAUUGGUUGAUGGAAAAAUGAAUAAGAAGCAUCGAGAUAUAUUUACGAAAGUAAUAUAUCAUCGGCCGUCUUGUCAUGCUUUAUUUGUAAUAUAAUCGAGUCAUUGAAAUUUAUACAAAUGCUACUUACGCUCGAGCGCGAUUAUAAGUACAUCGUCCUUACAAAAAGGUUGUAUGCUACUUCUAUUGCGGCUGAAUACUUAAUAAAUAACUUACACGAGAAAAACAUAGAAACGGCGUUAAUAUUAAACAUUUCUUUAUAAAAUAUUUCUAAAAAGUUUAUGCAAAUGUAAUUAUAUAAAGCAGACAUUUAUUAAUAUUUAUUAUAACUUAUCUACUAGCAUAUGCAUUUUCAAAAAAUAUACUAGUUAUGCAGAUUUUUACAUAAAUAAAUAAAAAUUAUUUUAUUUCUGUAUCUUGAGAUAACUGGAUUAUAAUCGUGAUCGCAUUUGCAUUACAUUUUCUCUGUGUCUAGUUCGCAAAUUAAGCUGUUUCUAUGUUGUCUCCAAUGUCGUAUUGAUAUUAUUUACUUCCUAGAAUGCGAGUUUGAGAACAAUUAGACAAAAAUACUACUAUAGUCUCGAUCUAUAAAAAAAUUGUGUGAGCGUGCUGCCUUGCAUGGUGGAAAUGUACAUAAAUUACGGAGAAUGUCAAUAAAACGUUGAUACAUCUUUUGAUGAUUGCAA